GACUCAGGAGUGUGUUCAUUUCCCCACCACAGUUCCUUCCCCUCCCUUGCCUCUUGCUCUCCAGCUUGUUGAUCUGUAUCUGCUGGCCCGUGAUGCGCAGGACGCCGUGGGCUCCGGCGCCGGGCUGUGACCGUGGCUCAUUGAGCAUGGAGCGACCGGGGAGCGACUGACCGGAAAACAGACCCCCUACAUCAAGCAUUAACCGAGGUGGAGCAGCCAACUGCUGUGGUCAUGAGCGGAGGCUGCAGGAUGCCCUCCACUCCCCCUAGCAGAUCCAGCUAAGACCACCUUGCACCACCCCAUCCCCCCUGCCCCUGCCCUGCUACUUCCUGAAUGCAGACGGGAAGAUGAGCGUCUCCAGCCGGCAGCCCUUCAAUGUCCUGGCUGUCGUCUUCCUCUUACUGUCCACUGCAGCUCUCUCCGCACACUUCCGGGUGUGCGAGCCCUACUCUGACCACAAGGGUCGCUAUCACUUUGGCUUCCACUGCCCUCGCCUCUCCGACAACAAGACCUACAUGUUCUGCUGCCACCACAACAACACAGCAUUUAAGUAUUGCUGCAACGAGACAGAGUUCCAGAACAUCAUGCAGCUCAACCUCAGCAGCACCCCGGACGGCCUGACGCACAACAACUACACGGCUCUUGUCGGGGUGUGGAUCUAUGGCUUCUUUGUCAUGGUCCUGCUGGCCCUGGACUUCCUCUACUACUCAGCCAUGAACUAUGAGCUGUGCCGGGUCUACCUGGAAAAGUGGGGACUGGGCGGGCGCUGGCUGAAGCGAGCCAGGAGUCAGUGGAACAGUGCAAACCAAGCAGAUGAGGGACCUUCAUCGCACCCCAUAACUCUGGCUCACCAUCCCAGGCACAGCCUCCGGGGAGAGGCUCAGAGUCCCACACUCAUGUCCUUCCACACAUCCACAGCCUGAAAGACGACUCGCUGCGGUGGAGUUGUGAGAGCUGCAUAACCAGGGAGAAGAUGGCGGCCAGUGAGACCUCUGCAGAAGAGACUCGCCCUGAUUCUACACUGUUGGACAUGGCCUGGUGGAGCUGACCCCUCUUACGUGUACUCCAUCCAAAGACCAUGUCUCCCCCUUCAGCUGUCCCUGUGGGUGCCAGCCACCCAACGCUCACGUGUGACCCAAGCGUCUCCCUGGCUCGCCUGGGCAGGAGGACUGGGAGUCCUGGAGGGAGGGCGAGUGCUAAGUCCUGGGCAAUGGACCUUAAAUGAAACUAGUCUCCCACCUUCUGUUUGCAGAUUGGGUCCAUGGUCACGGCGCCAUGCCUCCCCAGCACUCUGAGAGAGUGUGGAUAGCAAAAACCAACAAGAAGGGAGAAAAGAAGAAAAGGAAAGAAAAGACUCUUAUUCCGCAACACCAUCUGGGAUGUGUCUGUUUGUUUUGCGCUACUGUGUGUCCAGGUAUGGAUUCAGUAGUUAUUAGAUUUUGUGGUAGGAGUAUGUAGGGUUCUUUGACAGUGUGAGCUGGUUAAAGGAUGAGCCACGAACCUUGAAGAUGAAUCACUAAUGCUGGUAAAAUCCGGGGGUCGCACAUCCCUCAGUGAAGGUCACAAAAUGUAAAAUUUCGCCCACCACCAAAUCUGUGAGACAUUUUCUUGUAUUAAAAGGCAGCUUGAUGCACAUUUCAUUGAGAAACAAGGCUGUCUCUGAUCGAUACGGCAGCCAUGUUUACGACAGCGGUCAACUUCGGUAACUGAAGACACCGGGAUUAUGAAUUCCAGUUUAGACAGCUAUGCCAUGACCAACAUUACCUGAAAAGAAAAUGCCAAGGAAGUGUUCUUGAGGAGAAGAACGAUGUAAUGGAACGUGUUUGACUACUGAAACAUUGAAUGAGGAAAGAUUAAAAAAAAGUGAGACAGAAUAGCUGCAGUUAGUUGUAACCUUUGAAUAGGUCACAAUGAAUGUCGUACCUCGCUGCCAUCUUGUAGAGCUGUUGCUGGAACUGAGCAGAAAGUGAAACAAAUCUCAUUUGCCUACAUAGUAAUAUCCAAUGUGUGUAUAUUGCAGUAUUUACUUGAUUUAGAAUAAUUAAACACCAUCAUGCUGAGUAGCAGUUAUUCAAACGAAAAUUGCAGCCCUACAGUCUCAGAGCACACUGAAGAGUAAAUAACCCAGCAGGCCUCAAUUCCAGGUGAGCACAGGUCGUUUAACUAAACAUGGAAGAGGCUGUCAGGUAAAAACUGCUGUAAAUCACUCAUCUUCCAUAUGUCACAAAUCACAAUCUGCAUGUCAUCAUUAAUUAAAGCCCCCACAGGAAUCCAGACGAGAUUUUUCCAUGUCAUUUUAUGAUGUUUACAAUUAAGGGAGGAAGCGAAAAUGCACGUUGCACAAUUUGAUGGUCUGCUGAUGUCUGGAUGUUAGAUGCUGCCAAGGAGAUGUUGGGAACACAACCUCAAUGAACAUGAUGAUGGUAGUCAGCUCCAUGGUCAAGACCGCUGUAUGUUGGAAAAAGAGAGUUCAAUGAUCAGAAUACAGGAAUUAAAAAUGGAGACAUAUAGAUACGCACGUGGCCUUGCCAAGCCAAUGAAAGAGUCCAGUAAAGGUGAAAGAAUCAAUUGGACGACAAGUUCAAGGGAGGGUUCAUGGCUUGGGAGUUCCUGCUCAUUCCACCCUGAAGAGGAACAGGCAUUUAAACAUUAUUCCAGUACCAAAUGAGAUGCUGCAGCAGGAUCUUCCUCAUUUUCGCUUAUUUGGUCUAAAAAUAAAACAUCUUUUUAUCAACGGAUGAAGUUCACAUUCUCAGCCACUUCCUUUCCCACAUCUGGAGCUUUUAUACUGUUAAAAAUCAGUAAUGCAUGUCAGGACUGCAAGAGAAUGCAGAAGGAUGAGGCAGAGAGAGGAGCUGUUCAUAUAAACCUCACCAGAUGGAGUCCCUAUACCUGCAGGUACUACAAAGCCAUAUAAAUAUUGAGGAGCUGGGUUGAUUUUUUUCGGGAACAAAGACUAUUAUUUAUUCAGAAUAUGCUUUUUUCCAAAGCUACUAACAAGGUUAGAUUAAUGUACUGGGCAACUUAUAACUGUUAAUCCAUUCACUGUAUGCAGCAGGGUAUUUUUACAGCAUCAAUUCAGGGUAAGUACCUUGC